UCUGCCUUAGCAACGGAGCGCCAUCUUGAAUAAAGAUAAGGUUGGAAAGAAGAGCGAAAAGAAGGCUCUGUCAUGGAAGAUGCGGGAAUCCGUCUACAGCACCGAUAAUCAGACAGUUUUGCUCUGUUUGAGAGAUACUAAUGGUGCGAGAGGAUCUGAGAGUGAAACCGACGGGACCGAGAGGCGUUUGUAAAUGCCUGGGACUGCAGUUGAGUAUUGUCAAGGCUACCAGCAGCCAUGGAGGCCAUGUAUGAGGAGACAGAGGUGAAGAUAAUAACAGAGGAGGUGGAGAGCUGUUACACAUUCAUGGAGGUCUCCUCUCCCAAACGGAGGAAGAAGAGCAAAUGCCAGGGGGACAAAGCUGACAAAGAAAAAAAGCCAAGGUCUGCGUUCCUCCUCUACUACUUUGACGUUCAUCAGAGUAUGCAGCAGGAGUUCCCCGACCUGCCGCAGUCCGAGAUCAACAAGAGAAUCAGCGAGAGCUGGAAGAUGCUGAAUGUGGUUGACAAGGGCUACUAUUUGGAGAAGGCUAAGCUGGAGAAGGAAGGGAUAGAUCCUAGCAGUCAGGAGGCAAGCACUUCGGCAGACAUCCCUGGUUUUAGAAAAAUCCUCCCCCGCACUGACUACAUGCUGCUUCCGAAGAGCGCGAUUAAAGAGGAGGGUGCAGGCGGGCAAGUGGAGCUGUGCCUCGACGGGGCGGGUUCUCAGGUGGGAGGGGCCACGGGCAGAGCCCAGCCCGUGUCCCAGGAGGCCCUGCUGUCGCCCAUGGCGCUGGGCAGCGAGGUGGAGCUGUCGGAGCAGUGCAUCGCCAUCGAGGGGCUGACGGACGAGACGGCCGCCGCCCUCAGCCGCUCCGGGGCCCUGCAGGAGAUCCUCUCCCAGUACUCCUCCAGCGGUGCCCAGGACAAGAAACCCACCAGCUUCGUGGUGAAGGAGGAGCCCGCAGACGUGGGAGAGGCCAAUAAUACUGUGGGCCUGGUGAUGGAGGGGCGGGGCGUGGGCAUCCGUGCGGUGCAGCAGGGCAAAAUGGACACAGCUCAACUGGUCACCAUUAUCCCCAACCAAGAGGUGGUUGGGACCAAAGUAGCUGGAGCAAGCUCUGUUUUCAUUGUACCCGUUGUAUCCACUGUGGAGCCUGAUCCCCAACAGUCCCUGAAACUGUCUAUAAAAUACACCAGAAGAGGGCGCGGGAACUGCAACACACCUGGCUGCACCUUCUCGUAUGUCACGCGUCACAAGCCACCCUACUGCCCCAAAUGUCAGCAGUACCUCGGGGGCAAGUGGGUCCCAGCGGCAAAGAGGACGUUGGCCAAGGGUGCGGUGCAGCCCCUGAAAACGCAACCGCAGAAGAGUCCUGCUGGCAGCAGCCAGCCCAGCACCCAGCCCUCAGAGCCAGACAAACCCCCUGAGCAGGAAGUCCCAGCCGCUGGUAACCCUCCAACUCCCAGAGGUGGCGAUCUCAGACAGGAGGCCGCUGUGACACAGGCACCUGCCACGAAGUCCUCCCCUGCGCCCAGGUCCUCUGCUGGCAAACCCAAAAAACGGGAGAAGUGCACUGGGUUGGGGCCGAAGCACCCGAUCCGCGCCAUCCUUCCUGCACCCGUCAGCACAGUUCAGCAGGCGCAACUUUCUCAUCAGAUUCAAACAGGCCCAGGGUCCCGAGCUGCCUUUGUGCAGUGGGUAACGGUGUCUCCGGAGAAGGUCAAGGAAGAGGCAUUGAAAAAUGGCAGUAAAGCAGUCACCGUUCCUGCAGUGAAGGUGCCGUGUCUAAAGCCCAGCACCCUCAAACAGCUAGGGCAGUCGGUCAAGCUGGACCGCCCAAAGCAGGAAGUGUCAGUUCCAGUGAACACCAGCCAGUAUGUUGUGACGGAUAAAGGACUGAAGGUUCUGUCGGUGGUGUCCCUCAAGCAUAAUGCCACCACUACCCUGGAUCUGGGGUUGUCCACAGCCCGAGGCAGAGGGAAGUGUAAGAACAAAGACUGCACCUAUGUGUACAAGAACCGACACAAACCCCUCGUGUGUCCCUGUUGUGGCUGGGAUCUCACCAAGACGCCCACCAAGAAGACCAAGACAAAUCUGCUGACGGGGCCCGAGGUCACGCCGACGGUUCUGCUGGACCCGUACGGGGCCCUGAGCAGCGCGCAGAGGGAGACCCAGCGGCAGUCCACCCUGCAGCUGCUGCGGCGCUGCGUGCAGAUACCUGAGAGCGAGGCGGAGCUGCAGGAGGCCAUGGCGCUGAUCCAGGCGCUCAACAGCACCCAGGUGGUGCUGACCAGCACCGGGGAGGAGGGCGUGGCCCAGGAGCAGACCGGCUGGCCCAGGUUCUAUGAGUCUGCCGCCGAGCACUGCCAUCUCUGCCACUUCCCCCUCUUCAAGGGCGGACAGAGUUCAGCGGCAGGACAGGAGGACUGCUGGCUUCUGACCGACUCCCACAUCCAGACGGCCACCAUCCAGCUGAAGAUUUGUCUCAACCCCCAGUGUCUGGCACUGCACAGCUUCACUGACAUCCACCCGGGUCUCUUUAAUGUGGGAAACAGGCUGCUGGUGAGCCUUGACCUCCUCUUCAAGAUCCGCAACCAGAUCAGGCAGGGUCACGACCCUUCCCAGGCCGCUCUGACCAUCCUUAACAGCGUGCAGAACCAGCCCGUGCGCACGUUGAAGCCCAGCGAGGUGACGCAGGUCCAGGAGCUGCUGUGCAGCGGGUACUGGGCCUUUGAGUGCCUGACCCAGCGCGACUACAACGACAUGAUCUGCGGGCUGUGUGGCAUCGCGCCCAAGGUGGAGAUCGCCCGGCGGAACACCGGAAACGUGCUGCAGCUCAAGAACGUGGAGUUCACGUGGCCGGACUUCCAAGCCCCGGAUGAGGUGAACACGGACGACUUCUGGCUGACGAUGGAGAGCGAGGCCAUCGAGCAGGCGGCCUUCCCCUGCAGCAUCCCCAUCACCAAAUUUGACGCCUCCAUCAUCGCCCCCUUCUUCCCCCCGCUGAUGAGGAAUGCGGUCGUCAUUAACACGGAGAAGGACAAGGACGUCUCUGAUACGUCUCCCUCAGGCGACCCGUCUGUGCUGGUCCGGCUGAUCCACGAGGGAGUUCUGAAGCCAGACCAGAUGGAAGCACACAGCACAGAAGAGCUGAGGGAGGUUCUGGACCGCUGUGGAGCCCCCCGUGGGCAGGACAGCACUAAGGAAGAGAUGGUGAUGGCGGUGUCCUCCCUUUAUGCAUACCUGCAGAAUGGCCUGGCCACCGGCCCACAGCCCCCCGCUCACCUCACCGCUGGCAAGCUGUACAAGAUCUGCCCACACCAGGUGGUGUGCGGGUCGAAGUACAUGGUGAGGCGGGAGAGCGCUCGGGACCACGUGGACCUGCUGGUCUCGUCCCGCUACUGGCCGCCCGUCUAUGUGACCGACUCCGCCCAGCAGGUGGCGCUCUGCACUGACGUCCAGUACCCUGAACUGGCCAACCAGAUGUGGGGCAGGAAUCAGGGCUGCUUCUCUGACCCCAUGGGCGAGCCAGAGUACGUGUCCUGUUCAGAGCUGCAGGACCAGCAGUACAGCAUGGACCUGUCAGGGGUGGAGAGCUCCCAGGUGCACCCCAUCACCAAAUCCCCCUCCCGCUGGAUCGUGCACCCCGGAGAGACGGGCGAGGGGACCCCCGAAACGCGGCGCCACGCCAUGUCCCUCUGCCAGGAGCUGGAGCCGUACCGGGCCGUGGUGGCUGGGCUGGAGGAGGUGUGGCCGGACGGCACCGCGCGGAACAAACCGCUGGCCUUCGACAACGCCGCGUACUACUACCUCUACAACCGGCUGGUGGACUUCCUCACCAGCAAGGACAUCGUCAACCAGCAGAUCGGCGACCUCCUGCAGGGCUGCCAGCCGGGAGAGGUCAUAAUCCGGGACGCCCUCUACCGCCUGGGUGUGGCCCAGAUCAACACGGAGGUGGAGCCUGAGGAAGAGGCGGGGCUAGCUGAGGUGCAGGUCGUACUGUCUUAGUGAUCCUGGGACGCUCCCUCCCACCACAGGACCACAGCAGUCCUCUGCUUUACAGCUUCAGAUCUAUUUAAUCGUUAAAAAAAUGGUAUGUAGAAUUGGGACUUUAAAAUGAAUCUGUGUUCAAAUUCUUUCCAGUCCGUUAUGGCAGUUGCACGUGCAAAGCCGCAUCUUUUUGAAGAGCUCCUUGAUAUUUGUGCUUUCAAAGCGUUUUGAUUGGCUGCAGGAGGACUAGACUUAUUCUUUAACUGUGGACACUGAGU